AGCUAUAGAUUUGAGAGUCAGUCUGGUUGGAAGAUAGAGACGCUGUGGUGAACUGCUUACUGAUAACUUUUCCAUUCCCUGUUAGUCUGCGGCUUGUAAAGUUAUUAUUAUUUACGUUUUAUUUGUUUCACAGUAGAUAAUAACCUUACAUUGAAGAACGCCUUCUAAAGCAGGAGGAAAGGACAACUUGAACAUUUUUUUUUUUUUUUUUAACCCCAACAGAAGUUUAGAAUUCAUGUCUGUUUAUUUUUCCCCGCUUCACUGCCCUGUGUACCUGCACUCCGCUGACAUGACUGAGGUAAUGAUGAGCAACACCACCAUGGAUGACAUCCGACUCAGUCCCAGCAAGGACCGCCUCUCCUACCAGAUCUUCCCGGACCCGUCUGACUUUGAGCGCUGCUGCAAGCUGAAGGACCGCCUGCCCUCCAUUGUGGUGGAGCCCACAGAUGGGGACGUUGAGAGUGGAGAGUUGCGCUGGCCCCCUGAGGAGUACCUGGUAGAGGAGGAGCAGGAGGAAGAGAAGAUGUGCGAGGAAGCACCUGGCAAGACGGGCACGGACGAGCAGUCCUAGAGCUCCCUUUAAGCAGCAGGACAUAGAGAAGAGAGAGGGUACUGGCCUACACAGCUGCCUGCCUUCAUUACCCCCCUCCUCUGUGAGGGCUCACACCUUUUUUUUUUUUAUUUUAUUUUUUUUCAUAAACUCUUUUUCCAUGUGCACAUCCUCAGCUACGUCCUGGGGUGUGUUUCUGUUGACUGCAGUUCUCGCAAGAUGAAAGACCCGGGAAUGUUGUGGGACGUUGCUCUUUUGAGAUCUUUAUCGGACUUGUUCUGUUUAGUUUGUUUUGAAUACUGCAGCAGCAGUGGGUACUGAUUUUGUGUUUUUGUGUUUUUUUUUUUUUUUUUUUUUUUUUUUUUUUUGAGGGGGGGUUGGGUGUUGAAGGGUACGCAAAGCUGAAAAGUAUGAUACUCUAAGUUUGGGGAUUGCUGUGAAAGUACUUGGUAUUUCGCCGUAAUUGAGUGAUUCAGAUGGGGCAGUACAAGCCCUUGCUUUGUUCUUUUUCACAGCAGUAUUUGGGUACUUUUUAUCUGACACAAAUGGCUUCCAAUCUCUCCAUUUGGAGUUCAGUAAUAUUCACUUUAUGCUUUAUUUCAUGCACUGGUUAUAUUAAUCUUAGUCUUCAGCCAGCCUUACCAUCAGCUCUUUGUUGAAACAACACAGAACCGGUCACUCUAAUGGAAGCCCCACGACUUCAGACCUCUCCCUCCCCUCCUUCCACUGCUGUUUUGUCUUUUUCUUGUUGUCCACUGUACUGGAAUCGAGCAGAUCCCAGAAAUCCAGACCUUCACAGAACUUUUUGUGAGGGUGCUCUGCUCUGUACUGUACAAGCCCAUGAAAGUACCUGUGAUAUUAAUGCAGCCUGUUUUAAAUUAGCUGGUGAAGGGUUUCUUUUAUCUGAUAUACAACUUAUUAUUUUGAAUCCCUUUCUACACUGUAUUCUGAAUGAAUUCACCCGUGUUGCAUCACAUGUGUGGAAAGUCCUCCUAAUCUCACUUUCACAUGGCCCCUUGAACUGCUUUUAAGCAAGUUUGACAACCCUUCAGUCUGAGAUGUGGAUGCCUCUGUACUCAAUUAGAAAGGAGUGUGUCUGGCACAUUGUUGGCUUGAACCUGUGGCUUACUGGUGUGUGUGGAGAUAUAUAUAUAUUUUUUUUUACUGUGCAGUGAGCUUUGUUUGACACCUCCCAAGAUCACAAUGUCUCCUUGCUUUGUUUCAUAUCUCCCCUCAUUCAGAACUAUCAUGGGAAACUGAUUUGUGCUCACUCUGGCUCUUCACCCCUUCCUUGUAACAUCAACGCAUUGGAAGACCAGUCUGUUUCCAAUACUGCAGUGCCGUCCCUUUUUAAUAUUACUAAUGUUUACUGCACUUCAGACUUGGCAGAUGCAGGGGCCUUUGUAGAUUGCUCUGUACGAUUCUUUCUUGACUGCAGACAACAUUCAAUUGCUGGUCACGUGGUCCAUGCAUUUAAAGGCAUCUGCAGAGGAUCUAGACUCUGAUCAUCUAAGAACAGUUUGGAUUUCUGUCACUGGGUGGGUAGGGGAAGCUUGGGUUUUGUCAGACAACAAAUGUGUGUUGGUGAAAUGUGCAGGAACUAUAGAUCUGGCUAAUUUAGUAACGUCCCACAUAGGAAAACUCUUCCCCUGGUGAAGGUAACUUCCCAGUUUGACAGAUCAGAGGCUGCUGCUAAUGUGUUGUGAUUUUAUCAGGUGCAGCAGCUAUAACAGUGUGUGUGGUGCUAACCUUGGUAAACCAAACGUGUGACUGGGAUUUUUUUUUUUUUUCUUUUGAAAUUGCAUUUAUUUUUUAUAUUGCUUUUAGGAAUAGUACCUGUCCUGAACAUGCUAUAGUGAAUGAAUGGAGUUCUCCAAGUUGGCAACUAUUGGUUAUUCUGUGAUGCCACACAGGAGUUUAAAGUACUCUCCUGUGGUAAGCAGCCAGCCUGCCCAGUUUGGCCAGUGUAAGCAGGACGUCCCAUCCACCUGCAUAUUCCUGUCAUAUGUCUUCUCCUUUUUCUAUCAAUGUUUGUGUAAAUCUUAUGAUCUUGCUGUUCUCAAUGUAUCUCUGUGGUUCUCUUAACACUCUGUACAUUUCUCUGUACUAUAUAACAUUUCUGUUAUCUUGCUUUUGUUUUGUUUAAUGCUCAGGGAGAUGGCUGGCAUUUUUCAAACCACUUUUUCUGUCAUGGUGACAGUUGUAAAUAAAUGUUUGGAAGUGCUUUACAA